CAUGAUGCGAGUUUCCCGGGAAUGUGACACCUUUGCCUGCUGCAGCCACUUGAGACGGCUUUUUCGUCUGUUGAUGGCCAACUUUCCACCGUGUCAUAUCCAAUGUAUUGUGAGCGUACAAUAUUCGCGUCAACCUCUUCUCCUCCAGGUGUUCUGAACGUUGUGUGAGGGGGCUUAGCACUUCACUGCCCUCAAGCUACCCCGCCAUCUCCAGUGUUAUCUUAUCGCGCAACAACCACAAGGUGCGCCCAAGCUGGCCUUGACAGGACGCUUGCGCAUGCCCGGAGCCUCAUUAUCGUCUCGCCGAAACUUUGCUAUUUACGUCGCUUGAAGGGAUUUUUCAUCUUUUGCUUCUUUCUGAAGGCCAUCUAAUACCGUUUCUAAACCUCGGUUAGCAUCUCGAUGAGGUGACAUCUCAGCAGGGUGUGUUCCGUCUCCCUGAGUGAAGUGAUGUGAAACAACUCAACAUGUGAAAGCAAUAGCUGACUGAUGUGCUAGUGAUCCGGCACACAUAAACUACUCUCCACCAUCAUGUUCUCCCAAAAGAAACCCUACACGGCCGUCACCGUCACCAUCGAACAUUUGACGAGUGAGGCGAUACCGGAAAAUGAUCUCAGUGGAAUCCCAGAACUCGUUGAAGUCAUCAACCUCCAGGAUUCAGGUCCUUCAGAAGCCGCACGCGCCAUCAGAAAGAAGCUCAAGUACGGAAAUCUCCACCGGCAACUCCGCGCCCUCACCCUACUGGACGGUCUCAUUCAGAAUGCCGGUCCCCGCUUCCAGCGAAGCUUUGCUGACGAGGCUCUGCUUGAGCGUUUGCGGUUUUGCGGCAAGGCUCAGCUGUCUGACCCGGAGGUGAGGAAGAAGUGUACAGAGCUCUUCCGCAGCUGGGCCGUCCAAUACAAGGGCGUCCGCGGACUGGAACAGAUUGCUACUCUUCACAACGAGCUUCCUAAGAGGAAGCAGGUAGUGACUCAGGAGAGGUCCAAGGUGAUCAAGGAAACAUCAAACCCCUUUGGGGAUGAUGACGAUGAACUCAGAAGCCCACCGGCGGCAGGUCCAUCCCAGUCUGGACCUCGCCAUGGCCUUGAAACAAGGACAGCCGGUACCGUUCAAUCUUUUAGCCAUACUUCCAAGGACGACAAGAAAAAGAAGGAUAAGAAGGGCAAGAGACGCCAGCCGUUCAAUCUCGAGGCUGAAAAGGAGCAGAUGAAGGCCCAUAUCGCCGAAGCCUCCAUUGCCUCGAUCAAUCUUACCAACACACUGCAGACCAUCAACCGAGAAAAGGAGCGCAUCUCGGAAAAUCAGGCGGCGGUGCAGCGAUUUGAGGCUUGUAAGAAUCUUCGCAGGAAGAUUCUGCGUUAUAUCCAUUAUGUGGAAUCCGAGGAAUGGCUCGGCAGCCUUCUAUACGCAAACGACACGCUCGUCACGGCACUCAUGACGUUUGAGCAGCUUGACCGCUCCAUUGAUGCGGACAGUGAUUCUGACGAUGAACUUGCCGAGCAAGCGCACCUGUACCGAAUGGCGACAGAAAAGGCAAAAGGCAAAGAGCCAGGUUCGCCAUCGAGGCCCAGAUCUCCAGUUGCCGGUAUGGCUAGUCUCAACAUUACGUCUCCUGCUCGACCAUCAGCUCCACCACGGCCAUCCGCACCCAAACCGUCUAUUCAACGCCGCGUUGAGCCGUCCGAUGAUGAAGACUCGGAGGAAGAGGAAGAUGACAACCCGUUUGCUGACCGGAAUGCCGUCCUUAAGGCGGAGUGAGCAUGAGGAUUGGUGACGGGGAAGUCAUGGCUGGUAGGGUGAGCGAUCUUGGAAGACUUGUUUGAAGCGGAUUACUAUCAUUUGGGUACUUUUAUCUCAAGGGCAAACCUUUGGCAAGAAAGGUCGUCACCCCAGCUUCGUGACAUAUCCCUUCCUUGUUGGGUGACUGAUCUUGGUGAAGAAUGGACAUUAUGGCCUUAGCAUUGCAGCCCCUGAUAUGGUAUUCCUGACUGUUGCGGAAUUACUAAUGCUCACUUGAUCUUGCGCCGAUAUCGCUCCCUUUUGAGAUUUGUUAUGUAGGACAAAGGCUGAUAUAUGGAAGAUGGGCUACACAAAACAGGACUUCCAUCCAAGUAAACACAAGUUAUAUAUUUUAGCAUGACACAGGCUUGCCUCAAGGGCUCGCUUUGCUUAUAUCGUUGUACUCUUUCGUUACUAUUUCAGUGGUUUUUGGAAGAAUAUCAGUGCAAAUGGCUACUACCAUGAACCAA